GGGAGGGAGGGGUGGUCCACAAAAAAGACCUGCAAAAUUAGCAUUGUCCCUUCCUCUGUUCGCAUCGCCUCUCCCCUCUGUUAUGUUAAAACACUUCGAAACCUCUUUACUAGCCCUGCCCUGCUCGGCGUCCACCUCCGUCACUCCACUCCAUACUCUCUCUCUAUCUCUAUCUAUCUCUGAGGGUGAGUGUGUGUGUCUCUGUGUCUGUCUGCCCACUCCAUUCAUUGGACCUCUCCCUUUAUCUGCUCUUCCCUUCCCCGUGACCUCCUCCUCUGCGCUCCCCAGUUUUCUUGGUUCCUCUCUCUCUCUCUCUCUCUCUGCUCGAGAAAGCAGAAAGAGUGUUCCUUUUUCCCUCAACUGUGACAAAUUUUGGGCCUUUCUCCUUCGGUCCUUUCCCAAUUCGGCAAAACCUUCCCCUUCUCAGUUUGAUUGAGCCGCGCCAAACUACUCUCAACCUCUGGGUUUCUGGGAACAUCCUAGGAUGUUGCAAUGGUGUUCUUUUCAAUGUUGAAUCGGGUCUGGUAGCUUUCAGGUAUUGGGGGAAGGCUUUUUGCUGGCUAAUAAAGAGCUUUUCCGAUUGUCGAAUUCCCUUUCGGAAAAAAAAGAGGGGGUUCUUUGAGAAUCUUCUGCAGAGGUUUAAGGGGUUUAGCUCGAUCCUUGCUAUUAGUAGAAGCUUCUCUGCGUCUUUCUGAAGUCUACCCCCGAUUCGGAAUCCAGUAUUUCUGUCGGUCCGUCUGAGUUCGCCGACCUUAUGCGUAAUUUGGAUUGAACCUUUGCAAGGUUUAGCUUCGCAUCCUCUGUUUGUUUUGCCAAGUGGAGCUCAGUUCCACCGUAAUUCAAUCCAAACUCAAGGCUUCUUGAGGCCAGGCCUCGAUUUCAACCGGAACAAUGUCCUCCUUUCUGAGCGGAGGUGGGAGAACCUAUGGUUUUGAUCUCGAAAUUGUCAAGCCCCGAUUGACAUCGCCCCGGACCUCGCCGAUGUCCUCUUCACCCACCUCGACCAUCUCGGAGUCCAGCAACUCUCCACUCUCGAUCUCCACCCGGAAGCCUCGGACCCCUCGGAAGCGGCCCAAUCAGACAUACAACGAGGCGGCCGCCCUCUUGUCCCAAGUCUACCCCAGCAUUUUCCCAGCAGACAAUCCCCACAAAUUCUCCAAGCUGCCUUGCGAGUUCUUCCCCAAUGAGCCCGAAUCCUCGGACUUGUUCCUGCCCUUUCGGGAAAUCGACAGUUCCGACAAUUUCCUGCCAAUCCACGAUAAACCAAGGUUCCAAACCGAGCAGAAGCUGUCGCCAGCUUCCGGGGAAAUCCAAUCAAAGGCCUCGGACCUGCCCGAGGAAUCGCAGGAGGACUUCGAUUUCGAUGCAGAAUCAAUCAUCCUCGACGAGGAAAUCGAUGAGGGAAUCGACAGCAUCAUGGGGAAUCUUGGCGUGGGUGCGGGUUCAAUCGUCGAGCCUACCGGCGGAUUGCCGAAAUCCGGGGCGAGGUGGGAGCCGGGGCUUGGGACGGGGAGCCGAAUCGGGUCGAUGAGGGUAUGGAAGCGGGCGGAGGAGAUGAGCUACUGGUGGAACUUCCCCACCGUCGAUGUCCUCGAAAUCUCCCCCAAGCUGAGCUCCGCUCCAAGCCCGUCGGCCGAGAAGAAGACGACGACCACGACAAAGAAGAAGGCCAAGAAGAAGGCCGAGAAAGUGAAGUCAUUGUCGGAGCUCAAAACCCCAGAACCGCCGAAGGAGGAGCCGACUCCGCAGCCGCAAGCGAAACCGGGGCUGAUGCUGAAGCUGGACUACGACGGCGUCCUGGGCGCCUGGUCCGGCAAGGGCUCACCGUUCUCCGACGAGGCUCCGGGCUCCGACGCGCCGGCUGCCGACGUUUCCGCCAGGUUGGCUCAAAUCGACUUAUUCACGGAGAAUGACAUCGUUAGAGAAGCGAGCGUUUUACGGUACAAGGAAAAGAGACGCACACGUCUCUUUGCGAAGAAGAUCAGAUACCAAGUCAGAAAAGACAACGCCGAUCAACGGCCCCGAAUGAAGGGUAGAUUUGUAAGAGGGCCGAAUUCGACUACGAACGACCAGAGAUAAUAUUUAAUUUUUUUUGGCUCCUAGAAAAUAAGCUUUUUAUUUUUGAGCCUUUAUGGCUGCGAGAAUGAUCUAAUUUUGAUUUCUCAUGAGCAUUUAUACUUCUUUCCGGGCCAUUCUUUAAAAGCUUUAUUUUCGCUUGCACAUAUUUUAAUCUCUAAUUCUUGAUGUUAAUUAUUUUUCCUCUAAUUUCUCACGCAAAGGAGGAACAGAUGAGAUGAUAAUGAGUAGCAUAUUCUAACUA